AUGAGUAGUGUACAGAUGAAGAACGUGGACAAGGUACUGGAAGUGUCAUCCACUCCAAUACACUCUAGAGGAUGUAAUUCUGGCUAUGAGGAGCAAACGAAGGAUUCGCGUCUCAUAUUAUCAUCAGCUAAGAAAAGAUUGUCUAGUAAAUCAAACUCAGAAACCGGAAGCUUCGACUCAGCAUCAUAUACUGGAUCUAGUUCAGAUGAUGAUGAUGAAGAAAGUCAACAACGUGAAAAUCCAAAGGAACGUUAUUUGAAACCUGGACUUAGAGCUGUAAACUCUAGAGGAUUUAAUGAUUUCUCUGAACAAGAAAUGCCUGGUUUGAUGGCAUUAAGAAAGCGUGCUAAAACUGAUCAGCCAUUAAAAGGAGCCAAAAUUCUCGGUUGUACACACGUGACUGCGCAUACAGCUGUACUACUUGAAACAAUGGUAUGUCUUGGCGCUCAAGUUCGAUGGUGUGCUUGUAAUAUAUAUUCAACACAGAAUGAAGUGGCAGCAGCGUUAGCUGAGUCCGGUGUUCCUAUUUAUGCAUGGAAAGGCGAAACUGAAGAGGAUUUCUGGUGGUGUAUUAGUCGUUGUAUAUCUGCUGAAGGUUGGAUACCCAACGUAGUUUUGGAUGAUGGUGGGGACUUAACUCAUCAGCUGCAUAAAAAUUACAAGGAACUACUGUCUGGUAUAUGUGGAAUAGUUGAAGAAAGUGUGACAGGUGUUCAUCGUCUUUAUCAGUACGUGAAAUCUGGCACAUUGGGAGUGCCGGCUAUGAAUAUUAGCGACAGUAUAACAAAGUCCAAGUUCGAUAAUUUCUAUUUGUGCAAAGAAUCAAUUGUUGAUUCUCUUAAACGAACUACAGAUAUGAUGAUCAGUGGUAAGACUGUAUUGGUAUGCGGUUAUGGUGAAGUUGGGAAAGGUGUUUGUCAAGCGUUAAGAGGAUUAGGAGCUUUCGUUUGUAUUUCGGAAAUAGAUCCGAUCUGUGCACUUCAAGCUUGCAUGGAUGGUUAUCGUGUUGUAAAAAUCGACGAAGUUAUUCGUUCAGUGGAUAUUGUGGUUACUUGCACCGGGAAUAAAGGUGUCAUUACUCGAGCCCAUAUGGAUCAAAUGAAAAAUGGUUGUGUCGUAUGCAAUAUGGGUCAUUCUAACACAGAAAUCGAUGUUCGAUCUCUUCAAACACCUGAUUUAACAUGGGAGCGUGUUCGAUCACAAGUGGAUCAUGUUAUUUGGAUGGAUGGUAAACGUAUUGUUCUUAUAGCUGAGGGUCGUUUGGCGAAUUUAAGCUGUUCAACUGUUCCAUCGAUUGUUGUCUCUGUUAGCGCCAGUACUCAAAUAUUAGCUUUGAUUGAAUUGUACAAUGCUCCUGCUGGUCGUUAUAAAAAUGAUGUGUAUUUAUUACCGAAAAAAAUGGAUGAAUAUGUGGCAACAUUACAUCUUCCAUUAUUCAAUGGUCGAAUAACUGAACUCACUGAUGAACAAGCUCGAUAUUUAGGUGUAAAUAAAACAGGACCAUUUAAACCGAGUAACUACAAAUAUUAA